AUGCAGGACGCCUUAGGUGCUAUAAAUGAACAUCGCCGUACUCCGAGAGAGAUUAAAGAUGCCGACGUUGCGGGUGAUGAUUUGGAGGUUGUGUCAUUUGUGUCUGUUGCUGGAACAAAGCAGGGAAAGGAAGUUGAUGCUCUUGACACUUCCACAAAUGCUCCAGCAUCAAAGUCUACUACGUCGGCAGAUGGCAAAUCACCGAAAGAAGUAAGACUUUGGGAAGUCUUCUUUGAGGAGUUGAAUCAUGAUCACAUGGAUAUUGCUUCCGUUGAUAUACCGGCAACAAUUACGUCUUCUCAGUCACAG